AUCUAUGCAUAAUUAUCACAUUCCAAACAAAUUCACGAGCUCUAACGAAUUACUUUACGAUAUACGACAUACGACAUCUACUAAUUGAAUUAUCUGAUUGCACUUCCAAGAUAGGACAACGACUCACAUCGCCCUUCUCUCCGCUGAAGACACCCUUUAGUCUACGACUUUCAUCAUACUCUACCCCACAAUCGAACAUGUCCUCUCCUACAGUCCAGAGAACCACCGGUACCCCCCGAAAGCUGAGAACCGGAACCGGCUCUCCAGCUGGACAAGUCCCCGAACAAAGCCCCUCGAAGGGAACACCCCAGAAACUCCAGGUCCGAAGCCGCAAGCCGAUCGAAGAAGACGUCCCCGAAGAACCGGCUACUCCGUCCCCGAAACCACGGAAGACAGGCCAGAGCGAACAGCGUGAUGCACCUGACGAGACACAGUCGCAGGCGUCCGGGUCUGCCGGUGGACUUGGGGGACUGGCUGGUGGGCUGAAGGAUACUGCUGGAGCGUUGACGAGGAGGGGUCAGCAGACUGUGGCGAAUACGACGGGGGUUGAUUUGUCUUUCUUGAAGGGGUUGGAGAUAAGUGAGUGGGGUCAGGUACUGGGUCAUGAUGGGAACCCUGUUGGUCGGAUUGUGGAGGGUGAGCCGCAGGAUCUUGUUGGAUAUGCGGUUGGGGAUAAUGGGGAAAUUCUGGAUGAUGAUGGCGACUUGAUAGGUCGUGUUGAGGCUCUUCCAGAGGCGAUCCAGGAGAGUACGGACCAGGCGAAGAAGGCUGUUGGCGGCCUAGCUGAAUUGAAUGGUAUUCCGGUGUCUGAGGGAGGUUUCAUCAAGGAUGAGGCUGGAGGGAUGGUUGGGAAGGUUGUGGAAGGGGAUGCCCAAGAUCUUGUUGGUUAUGCACCUAACGAGAAAGGGGAGAUCCUGGACGAUGAAGGCGACCUUGUCGGUCGUGUUGAGCCUGUGUCCAAGGCCGCGAGCGCUGCUGGCAGUGCUGCUGGAUCUCAGAAGUCAUAUUCCCAUGGUACUAAGAGUGUUGGGAAGAGUGUCCAUCAGGAAGCAACAGGAGAGGAGGAAAACGCUGUGUCCGACACGAGGGAUAUCGAAGAUACGGCUGAAGAGAAGACUGAAGAUGCCGAGGAACAGCUGCCUCCCCUCUCUACGCUUGAAGGUUUGAAAUGUAACAAGCUCGGUAAGAUCAUCAACCCAUCGACUGGAAAGCCAAUCGGUGAGCUGGUUGAGGGCGAUCCAAAGAAGCUCACUCGGCUUGGAGCCACACUCGACGACCAGGGCCAGUUCUGGGACAAUCGUGGGAAUGUGAUUGGCCGGGCUCAGACGCUUCCUCAGCAGGAAUACAGUGAAGAACCUCCCUUUGCCGGCUUAGAUGGCCUCCAUGUGGUCGAAGAAGGAUGGGUCGAGGACAACAAGGGCAAGCGUGUGGGCAAGGUCGUCGAGGGUGAACCUAAGAAGGUCCUCGGUCGCCCUGUUGAUGAGGAUGGAGAGGUCACUGACCAACAUGGAAAUGUCAUCGCAAAGGCCGAAUACUACGAGCAGCCGGAUGAGCCAGAGCCUGAGGAGCCUGAGGCGGUCGACCUAUCGAAACUAGACGGAUUGACCUGCAACAAGCUGGGAUACGUUAUGGGACCUAACGGAGUCCCCAUUGCGCGCGUCGUUGAAGGAAAUCCCAAGGAACUGGCCGGUAAAGAAAUCGAUGAUGGUCAGAUCUGGGACGGUCGCAAACCCAUUGGACGCGUUGAGCUCAUCCCCGAGAACGAGCGCGAGAAGAAGCCCGAAGGCCCGUUCGCUGGCCUGGAGAACCUGGUUGUGAACAAGGAAGGGUUCGUCCAGGACACUGAUGGUAACAUUGUCGGCAAGGUUACGGAAGGCGAAUUGAAGAACUUGCGCGGGCGCACGGUGGAUGAGGAUGGAGACAUCAUCGACAAGUUUGGGAAUGUGAAGGGACAUGCCGAACCAUAUGAGCCUCCAGAAGAGGAAGUCGUUGAAGACGACCUGUCAAUACUAGAAGGUAAAACCGUCAACAAGGCCGGCAAUGUCGUGGACGCUCAAGGCAACAUCUUUGGCAGAAUCACCUCGGGUGACAAGCGACUUGCGGGACGGAAGGUUGAUGGCAAAGGCCAGAUCUGGGGUGACGAUGGCAAGGUCAUUGGUAAAGCCGAGCUUGUGCCUGGCGCUGAGCAAGAGAAGCCCGAGGGCCCCUUCUUCGGCUUUGACGAUGCGGAAGUUGGGAAGGACGGCGUAGUCACUUCUGGUGGCAGGGUUAUUGGCCGUGUCAUCGAAGGCGACGCCAAGCGACUCCAGGGACGCAAGGUUGACGAGGAUGGGGAUAUCUUGGACAAAAAUGGAAACACCAUCGGUCGAGCAGAGCGCUGGGAGCCGGAAGAGAAGCAACGAAGCGUCAACCCUAUGUCAGGCCGGAAGGUUACUCGCGAGGGUGAAGUUCGAGAUGUCGACGGCAACCUCAUCGGAAAGUUGACCUCUGGUAACUUGGCUACUCUCGUGGGCAAGGAGAUCGAUGAUAACGGCUUCGUCGUUGACAACGAUGGUAACAAACUUGGCGAGUGUACUCUAAUCGAGAAUCUGCCGGAGGAGGAGGAAGAGGUCGCUGAGGAGGAGCCAGGCCCGUCGCCAGAAGAGCUCGAGGAGCAGAAGAAGGCCGAAGAAGAUAAGCAGCUGGCUAAGAAAAUGAGUGCCAUUAUCGGACAAACCUUGGAUCGUGUUCGACCAAUCUGCAAGAUGAUUACAGAGGUAUGUCCACUAAUGACUCAAGUGUUGGAUAAGAAAUUAACACAUGCACUAGCACAUUGAGAGGGCUGAGCGUACCCCGAAAGAAGAAUUGGACGAGGAAAGACUGGUAAAGGAUGUCAAACCACUUCUUGAAGAGGGAGGCCGAAUCCUCCAAGAAUGCAACGGCGCCAUCCGAGCUCUGGACCCAGAUGGUCGCAUUGCAGCUACAGCGAAGGCUCGCGCUGCCUCACACGAAGCCUCUCCAGAGGAGUAUGCUCUCGCUGAUCAAAUCAAGGAAAUGACAGAUACCGUGGUUAGUUGCAUCGAGAACGGUAAGAAGAAGAUCGCCGACAUGCCUCAUGCGAAGAGACAGCUGAAUCCCCUCUGGGCCCUUCUCAGCGAGCCUUUGUUCCAGAUCAUUGCCGCUGUAGGUCUACUUCUGACUGGGGUGCUUGGACUUGUUGGUCGUCUACUCGAGGGCCUCGGUCUGGGACCUCUUGUGCAUCGCUUGCUCGGCGGCUUGGGUCUUGACAAGCUGCUUGAUAGUCUGGGCUUAAGCUCUAUCACUGAUGCUCUUGGAAUAACUGGCAAGAAGAAGUAGGGUUUUUGACGAGGUUGCAAAGU